AUGGCCGCUCCUUGCCCAUGGGCCCCAACCAGCCUGAGAGCGUCACAUAGAACCGACAUCGUCGCCUGUUGCUAUCCUGUUAUUGUUGCUGUUGUUGUCGUCGUCGUCGUCGUCGUCGUCGUCGUUGUUGUCGUUGUUGUCGCCGUCACUGUCGCCAUGCAUACAAGGCACCCGCUGGACAUGUGUUUGAGAGAACCGCUCAGGCUGGACCCCGCCACUGACCGCCAGUCGCCAGUCGCCGGCCGGCCCAUCGCUGCUGUCGCUGCCACCGCUGCCAAGUGCUUCCGCCUGAAAUGCCUGCCUGAUCUGUUGAUGCUCAUAGCGGAAUCCCCUCGACCCGAACUUGCUCUCGUUUCGCUCGUCUCACACAGCGUCGUCAGCACCGCCUGUCCAUGUUGCGUCUGCGCCCCCCAAUCUCCCCCAUCUGCCCUCGACUUACUCGCGAGCUGGUGUCCGACAACUGCAAUUGAUGGAGCCAGCCAAGAAGAACCGUAUCAUUACCACCAAACCUCGCCGAUCUUCCAUGGCCCAUGUUUCCCCUCAACGCCAUUGGCGAAGCCGCCCGGGGCACAGUCCCCUACAUACCCUGUCACUGCGUCUUCUGGGUUAGCCCCCGCCGUCACGACGCUCUGGGCGCUGCUUGUUUCCCUGUGGGCCAAACAACGUCAAACCAUUGCCUCCGUCAAAACUGCAUCAAGUCCGACGCGCGCGGUUUUGAAACUCGCCCCGUGA